AUGGUGUGUAUGCUGGAGACUAAAGGAAAGCAGCAGUUAGCUACUACAAUCAAGGUGAAAGGAAGUGGGGAGGGCAGUGGGAAAGGCAUUUUCAGCAAAAGGAACAAUGUUUGCAAAGACACAGAGGUAGAAGUGAACUAUGUCUACUUGAGCGAACUGCAAGAUAUACUUCUGCUUUCAACAGUCCAUUGUGAUGGCAUGGAGGAGGAAGGAUGGGACAGGCAGGAGUUGGUUGCGUCAGUGAACCAGAUCUACCAGUGGAUGAUCCAGAUAAGUGAGAAGUACACAGGAGUGGUGACACAGCAUUUCCUAGGAAUGACCUAUGAGAUCCGGCCCAUGUAUUAUUUGAAGAUCAGCCAACCAUCCAAUAACCCCAAGAAGAUCAUCUGGAUGGACUGUGGAAUUCAUGCCAGGGAAUGGAUUGCCCCAGCUUUUUGCCAAUGGUUUGUGAAAGAAAUUCUACAAAACUAUAAAGAUAACCCAAGGAUAGGAAGGUUCCUUAGAAACCUGGACUUCUAUGUGCUUCCUGUUCUUAACAUAGAUGGUUAUAUCUAUACUUGGACAACUGAUCGGCUUUGGAGGAAAUCCCGUUCGUCCCAUAAUAAUGGCACAUGUUUUGGGACAGAUCUCAAUCGAAAUUUCAAUGUGGCCUGGUGUAGUAUUGGUGCCUCUAAAGACUGCCACGAUUUAACAUUCUGUGGGACAGGACCAGCAUCGGAGCCGGAGACUAAGGCUGUUUCCAGCUUUGUAGAGAGCAAGAAGGAGAGCAUUGUGUGCUUCCUGACCAUGCACUCGUAUGGGCAGCUCAUUCUCACGCCUUAUGGCUACACUAAAAAUAAGUCCAGUAACCAUGAGGAACUGAUCCAAGUUGGACAGAAGGCAGCAAAUGCAUUGAAAAAAAAGCAUGGAACCAAUUAUAGAGUUGGAUCGAGUGCAGAUAUUUUAUAUACCACAUCAGGGUCCUCAAGAGACUGGGCUCGGGACAUUGGUAUUCCCUUCUCAUACACGUUUGAGCUGAGGGACAAUGGUACAUAUGGAUUUGUUCUGCCAGCCGCGCAGAUUCAGGCCACCUGCGAGGAGACCAUGGAGGCCGUGCUCUCGGUCCUGGAUGAUGUCUAUGAGAAAUACUGGGACUCAGAUGGUGCUGGAAAGGGGACACCUACUGCCGUGGUGCUGGGCCUGCUGGUCUCCUUCAUGUCUGUUCUCUGAGUCUAUCCUACCCAGGUCUGCUCAGCCCCAGUCAUGAGAAUGUGGCUGCAGGGAAGGUGUUUGUCUGAGGCUAAAGAGGAAUCAAAUAAUUUAAAGAUACUUUCCACUUCAAUAAAGAGGGAUCAUGUUUGCAUUCUCAGGU